UCCCGGGCCGCCUCCGUGGGCGGAGCCUGUUGCCAGUGCCGGGCGUAGCGGCGGCGGCCCGGGAGCGGCGGGCGGUGCCCCGGAAGCGGCGCGGCAGGUGCCCCGGAAGCGGCGGGCGGUGCCCCGGAAGCGGCGCGGUCAGGGCGGCGAUGGCGGCGGAGGAGCCUCAGCAGCCGCAGCCGGAGCCGCUCGGCGGCAGCGACGCGGACGGCGUGAACUGCCUGGCCUACGACGAGGCGAUCAUGGCGCAGCAGGACCGGAUCCAGCAGGAGAUUGCGGUGCAGAACCCACUGGUGUCAGAGCGCCUGGAGCUCUCAGAGCUCUACAAGGAGUACGCCGAGGAUGACCAUGUGUACCAGGAGAAGAUCAAGGACCUGCUCCAGAAAUAUUCCUACAUCCGGAAGACACGUCCAGACGGGAAUUGUUUCUACCGCGCCUUCGGCUUCGCCCACCUGGAGGCUCUGCUGGAGGACGGGCAGGAGCUGCAGCGGUUCAAGGAGGUGUCAGCGCGCAGCAAGGAGGAGCUGGUGGCGCAGGGCUUCACUGAGUUCACCAUCGAGGACUUCCAUAACACGCUGAUGGAGCUGAUCGAGCGCGUGGAGCGCCGUGUGCCGCUGCCGGAGCUGCUGGCGGCCUUCAACGAGCCGGCGACCUCGGACUACCUGGUGGUUUACCUGCGGCUGCUCACCUCGGGCUGCCUCCAGCGCCACCGCCGCUUCUUCGAGCAGUUCCUCGAGGGUGGCCGCAGCAUCAAGGAGUUCUGCCAGCAGGAAGUGGAGCCCAUGUGCAAGGAGAGCGACCACAUCCACAUCAUCGCGCUGGCGCGGGCGCUGCACGUCUCCAUCCUGGUGGAAUACAUGGACCGGGGCGAGGGCGGCGCCACGAACCCGCACGUGUUCCCCGAGGGCUCCCAGCCCCGCGUCUGCCUCCUCUACCGCCCCGGCCACUACGACAUCCUCUACAAGUGACCCCUCUGGCGCGAGGGGCCUCACGCCGCCCCCCGGCCAUGGGGCCCCAACCCCACAGGCCCUCUUGUGGCCUCCCGACCCCCCUCCCUCCCCCCAAUAAAGAUGUGGCCCCAGU